UGUAGUCCCCGCCCCUCCCAUUUGAAGGGCAGGCGGCGGCGGGAGGAGACCAAGAUGGCGGUGAAUCAGAGCCAUACAGUGGACCGCCGUGGGGCCGCCAUCCCUCGUGGCGAAAGUCUCUUGAAGAAGUGCUCAGAUGUGGACCUCUCCUUCCCUCAGUCACCACCAGGCUCCAACUUCUUCAGUGGAACAAAGAGGGGGGCGCUGUUUCUCACCUCAUACCGGGUGGUUUUUGUGACUUCACCUUCAAACAAUGACCCCAUGUUGUCUUUUAUGAUGCCAUUUCAUCUAAUGAAUAACUGCACUGUUGAACAACCGGUCUUUGGAGCAAACUACAUUAAAGGAACAAUUCAGGCAGCUCCAAAUGGUGGCUGGGAAGGAUCGGCUACUUUCAAAAUAGUCUUCAGGAAAGGAGGUGCCAUCGAGUUUGCCCAGCUGAUGGCCAAAGCGGCCUCUGCUGCUGCCCAAGGAGUUCCACUCAGAGUUUCAAGUUUCUGGAUGAGCCCUCUAGGAAUUUUUGUCAUUACUGGGGAGAGGAGCAUGUGUGCCCCACAGGCAUGCCAAGUUGCCUAUGGAGUCCCACCUGCAGGACAUGGAGCCCCACCUCCCAGAUAUGAUGUCCUGCCUCCUGGAUACGGAACCAGGGUAUAUGGAUCCCCUCCUCCUCCAUAUGCAGCUGUCCCUGUGGGCUAUGGAGCCCUGCCUCCUGAAUAUGAAGCCCCUAAUACGGAGUAUGGAGUCCCACCUCCCAGAUACGGAGUCCCACCUCCUAGUUAUGGAGUCCCACCUCCCAGAUACGGAGUCCCACCUCCUAGUUAUGGAGUCCCACCUCCCAGUUAUAGAACAACAGCUGUGGUAUCUGGAUCUCCACCUCUCGGAUACGAAGCUCUGCCUAUUGGUUAUGAGACUCCUCCUUCAGGAUAUGAGUCCAUACCUUCUAGAUCCAGAGCCCCGCCUGCAGUACAGGAAGCUCCACCUGCUGGGUCUGAAGCAGGACAUCCCAUUUCUGUGGCAGCCCAGACUCCUGAAUUCCAGGCAUCUUUUCCUUCUACCUCAUCUUCACAAGCCCAUUCUUCUUCUAAGAUGUAAACCUUGAAGUUUCACCAAGUAAAACUGCACACUAGCAUUAGGUCUGUGAUCCCAGCCCCAUCCUAGGUAGUUGCUCCCCCACCUCUGAAGUUCUUCAUCUCCAUGCCUUGAUUUUAGAAGUAGUGCCAACUCUUGAUUAGCUGGAUAAAGGAGUAGCACUAGAGGGCUAAUUCCCUAAUGACUUGGUUGACAUUGGCUGCAUUUAAAAACAUAACCUUGAUGUGAGCUUG